AUGUCGAUAGCUUCAUCUAUCUUUUCUCACGCUCAAUCCGGCUGGCAAAGUGUGAUAUUGCUGUUACUCGUAACCUACAUAGCAUACUUCUACUAUAAAUACUACACGCGAGAAAAUCCUCUUCCAGGUCCGAUCCCGCUUCCACUUUUAGGAAACUUUCUCCAAAUAGGAUGGGACCUGCCACGAUGGGCAAACAAAGCACAAGCGAAAUACGGCGACGCUUGGGAAGUCUGGUUGGGAAGAGAACGCUCGAUUUUUCUCGGUCGUGCUGAUUUUGUGGAGAAAAUUUAUAAUCCAUCUACCAAAAAUAAUUUCACAAUGCGUACUGGACCGUCGGAAGGACUUGAUGAGUUUGGAUAUACGAACAAAGGGAUUAUUAUGAAUCGUGAGUCAUGGCAGUAUAAUCGCGGGUUGGUAAACCAGACUGUGACUGCUAAAUCAUAUCUAAAAGAAUUAGUGAAGGCGACUCAAGAAAACUUUAAAGAGACAGAAGGAUACUGGCGAAAGCUUGCUUCGCAUAAACCAUUAGAUUUUGCUGCGUGGUCAAUGUGUAUGGUCACUGAUGUGACAGUGAUAAUGAGUACUGGCAAGCCAGCGUAUCAAUGUGCAAUAUACUACAACUCCCUCGUCAGCGACAAAGCCAAAAUUCAACAUCCGCAAUCCGUCUUUAAAUUUGAAGGUGACUUUGUCGAAGCAAUAACGACCUGGUUUUACGCAGUACAAUUCUCUUACUUUUUCCCGAAAUGGAUUCGUCAUUAUGUUCCUGUUUUCAAAUCUUACCAAGAUAAAUUCAUGAAAAAUUCAAAGUGGAUGCUGUCUACAUUGCUGGAAAUCAUUAAAGAGCGGCGACAAGAGAUUGAAUGUGCUCCACCUCAUGUACAAUUGCCAGCCAAUGUUUUGACAUUAUUGUUAACGACAAAUACGCCUCGAGAUAUGACUAAAGUAUCUACUAUAAAUUCGAUCGACCGACCAAUGAAUGAUGCAGAAAUAGCAGAGAAUCUGGUUGAAGUUUUCGCUGCUGGCAUUGAUACGACUGCCAAUUCUCUGACAUUCAUGAUUUGGAACAUGUGCAAAUAUCCACACGCUAAACAACGUUUACUCGAAGAAAUGGCCGAAGUAUUCGGUCCAAAUUUACAGAACCGAGAAAUCACCCAAGAAAGUCUCGAAAAACUCAUCUACUUUGAUGCAUUCAUCAAAGAAACCGCCAGACUAACUCCAGUCGUACCAGCACUUGUAAAAACAGCGCAAAAAGAUGACGAAAUAGUCGGUUUUCGAUGGAAAGCUGGCACUCAGUUUUAUACAAAUAUUCACGGAAUUCACCUGAAUCCUGCUCACUGGGACAACCCCCAAGAAUUCGAUCCAGAUCGAUUUUUGAAGAUUGAAUCUUCGAAAACAAAGAAUGCAUUGUUGCAGUUUGGUGGCGGAUUGAGAAUUUGUCCGGGGCGACAGAUGGCAAUAUUAGAGCUGAAGACUUUGUUGGUUUGUCUAUUGAGAAAGUAUGAGAUAGAAUUGGAAGAUAGCCGAGGCGAAUUGCAGUAUAGUUUCGGAAUGAUUAAUCAUUGCGAUAAUCUAAAUGUGUUUAUUCGUCCAAAAGCCUUCUAA